UCCCUUAUUACUUUAAACGUCAACGGCCUUCGUGACGUUGACAAGUGUGCUGGUGUUGUUCAUUGGCUUCAGUCUCUGCCCUCUCCGGUUGAUGUUGUUUGUUUGCAAGAGACCCACUGCACUUCUGUUGAGGAGUGUCCUAGGUGGUUCUCUACUAUGGGGCUUUCAUGUGUUGCUUCUUUCGGAUCCUCGCAUUUGUGUGGGACUGUUGUGCUGUACCAUCCUCGGUUAUCUCUUGCUCGUUCGUGGACGAAUGAUGUUGGUCGGUUCGUGCAGUAUGAGCUUACUUUUCAGACCAAACUCUUUCGCGUGGCUUGUGUUUAUGCACCAAAUCGGAAUCCUGCUCGGGAUGAUUUUUUUCCAGAUGUUGAGUCUCACGUUGACCCUUUGGUUCCUACAUUGCUCUGUGGGUACUUCAAUACUGUUUUUGACCGUCUUCUUGACCGGGUGGGUUCUGACCCUUUUGAUAUUCUUCGUGAGAGCUCUGCUUCUCUCUCUCGCCUUUUUUCGUCCUGCUGUGUCCUUCAUAUUUGGCGUUAUUUGCAUCCGUCCACUAAGAGUUUUACUUGGUCUCGGUGGAACGGCCUUCUUGCCUCCCGUAUUGAUCUCUUCGGUGUUCCUUUUUCUUGGGUUUCUGCUGUCUCUGCCUGUGAUAUCCAUCCUUUUCCGUUUUCUGAUCACUGUGCGGUUCACCUAUCUGUCUCUGUCCCGAGGCCAUUGUCCCGGGUCCUGGACUCUGGAAGUUAAAUCUGGCUGUUCUCGAUGAACUGGAGUAUGUUACCUUAAUCUCCGAUUUUUGGGCCUUUUGGCAUUCGCAAGCCUUUGCUUUUUCUUCCUUGGAUGAUUGGUGGGAUGAGGGAAAGCGGGAGAUAAAGCGUCUAUCUAUUGAUUACUGUAAGAAGCAUGCGUCUGCCAGGAGAGCUGAGAGAGACCUGGUUCGGUUAGCUGAUUUCUUGAAACAGGGUGUGGAUUCUGGUGCUAUGUUCUGUUUUGGUCCUUAUCAGUUUACCCUGUCCAGCCUUGCCAAGUUUGACCUAGAUGCGGCGCAUGGUGCUCAGGUUCAUAGUUGUACCCGCUGGGUUGAGGAGGGUGAGUCCUCCUCUUCUUACUUUUUCCGUCUAGUAAAGAAGCAAGGGGCUGAACGUUUAGUGUCUGCCUUACGUCUAGAUGAUGGUUCUAUUGUUAACUCCGCUCCGGAUGUUGUUGACUUUUCGCAAAUUUUUAUUCUACUCUCUUUACUGCGGAAGAAGUUGACCGUGUUUCUCAGGAAGAGCUUUUAUCAAAGAUCUCUGCGCGUUUGUCUACUGAUCAGUUGGAGGUUUGUGAGGGUGUGCUGUCAGUUGAUGAAUGUUUUUCUGCUCUUAAGGGGAUGGCUUAUCGUAAGGCUCCUGGAAAUGAUGGUCUCCCGAUGGAGUUUUAUGUAAAGUUCUGGCAGGUUUUGGGGGCUGAUUUCGUAAGAGUUCUUAACUCUUGCUUCAUAAAUCGUCGCUUGUCCAAAUCUCAGCGUAGAGGUGUUAUUUCGUUAUCCUUCAAGAAAGGUGAUACGCUGGACCCCGGAACUGGAGGCCAAUAUCGUUGCUUAAUGUGCAUUAGAAGAUUGCGUCCAGGGCGAUUGCUGGCCGUCUGUUGAAAGUUUUACAUGUUGUGGUGGGUAAGGAUCAAAUGUGUGGUGUCCCUGGACGUUUCAUCGGGGAAAAUGUUGCGUAUCUGCGAGAUGUUGUUGAUUAUGUUUCUCAGGCUGGGGUCUCUUGCGCCAUUCUCUCUUUAGAUCAAGAGAAGGCUUUUGACCGUAUUGACAGGUCAUUCAUGAGGGCCACUUUGUCUUCGAUUGGUUUUGGCCCUUCUUUUAUUGGCUGGAUUGAUCUAUUCUACAGUGGUUCGCAGAGUGCGGUCAAUGUCAAUGGGCACGUCUCGCCUUAUUUCUCUCUGUCUCGUGGCGUUCACCCGGGAUGUCCUUUAUCGUCUUUGCUUUAUGUUAUGGUGGCUGAGGUUUUGGCUCGCAAUAUUCGUUCUCACUCCGACAUCUCUGGAUUAUCUCUCCCCGGUUCUGUGGUCCCUUUGCCCCCUCUGUCGCAGUAUGCGGAUGAUGCUUCUGUUGUGGUCACGUCCGAUGAAGCCAUCACUGCUACUUUUGAAGUGUAUGAUCUUCAUGAAAGAGGAUCUGGGGCUAAGCUCAACCUGACUAAGUGCAAGGGUCUUUGGCUUGGUGCGUGGAAUGGUAGGACGGAUGCUCCUGUUGCUAUUGAAUGGGGUUCCGUCAUGGUCAAAAUUUUGGGGGUUUUUCUUGGCCCUUUUGUCCCUGAGGAAGAUAACUGGUGUCCUCGCAUCACUGUUGUCCAGAAUGGUCUGUCAUCGUGGCGUCAGCGAUGUUUAUCCUACCGCGGGAAGGCUCUGGUGAUUAAUGCUUUGGCACUUUCAAGGAUUUGGUAUGUGGCGUCUGUGAUUCACAUGCCUCAGUGGGUGUUGAGUGAGUUGAACAAGGCAGUUUUUAAUUUUAUCUGGAAUGGCAAACCUGAUCUCGUUACUAAGGAUGUUAUUGCCCAACCUCCCUCAAGUGGUGGUUUUUCAGUCAUCAAUAUUCAGCUGAAGGUCUGGGCUCUUCUGCUUCAAUGGGUGAAGCAUUUUUUGUUGUCCCGUCAACAUGGGUUUCCUAUUUUUCGUUCUGGUGUGGCCAAGGCUUUGCUGCCUCUCCUGUUCAGGUUUUAUCCAGCCCGCCUUGUUUCUCUGGUUCGGGUGGGCUGCCGGUUUUCUAUCUUGCUCUCCUCUCUGCUUGGAGGUCUAUUGGUGGUUCUUUCUUGA